GCCUCAUUCCCCCGCUUCCGCCCAAGAACUGAUGGAGGUCCUCACUCGAGCUGCUGAUAAACUCAAUAUCAGCUGGCUGGCGGAUAGGCAGCAGCCUACUACAAGCGAUGACAACACACAAGAAGAAGAUCAUCGAGGAGCACUCAACUACCCUGACAAUGAUUCAGCGUCCACCUCAGCAGACACUGGAAGCUGCAACACCUCUGUGGAGGUUGUAGGCAGGAGAGGUAACAAGCGGAAGGUUACGUCUACUGAGAGCGGACCAAGGAGGAAGAGGAAGAGGAGGCUGGUCACAGAGGACCGCCAAGAGGAGACCAAACAAAAAGAGUUUGAGGCCAAAUAUGAAGAACUGGAUCCCAUCGGAAAAGGAGGGUGGGGAUCUGUGUAUGCUGGUCGCCGCAGAGUCGACAACCUACCCGUUGCCAUCAAACAUAUCACGGAGGUCUGCUACAAACAUGUGGACAUCAAAGGCAAGCCAAUCCCCUCAGAGGUCGCCAUCAUGUUGAAUCUGGCGGCCGAAUCAGAGGGGGCAUCGCCGUACGUAUCCAUUCUGGACUGGUACCAGUUGGAGGGGCAGCUUGUGCUGGUGAUGGAGAGGCCAAUGCCCGCUAAGGAUUAUAAUAUGUAUCUACAUGAAAAAAGAAUAAAGGAAGAAGAUGAAGCCAAGAUCAUACUGAGGCAGCUGGUCGAUGCAGCACUCGAUCUGGAGAGCAAAAACAUUUUCCACCGGGACAUAAAGUUGGAGAACCUUCUGAUUGAGACGAGCUUGGACGUCCCGCGAGUUCGCCUUAUCGACUUUGGAGCUAGCUGUUUCAACAAUAAAAGGAUUUACACUGACCUUUUGGGUCUGGACUGCCCAGAAUAUCACAUGAGAAUAGGGGACAGAGCAGGACCCACCACAGUGUUCCAGAUCGGAGUGGUGCUGUAUGAUGCCCUCCACACAGAGAAAAGGUUUGACACCAAGAGUUUCAUUCAGGGAUUUCAGUGUCUCCCCAACAGAAUUUCCAAAGACUGCAAGGACUUCCUCCAGAUGUGCCUGAGAGUCCACCCCAACGACCGUCCAACGCUGGAGCAGCUCAGGAAUCACCAGUGGCUCAGAUAAUCGAAUAAGACUCCACCACACACACAAACAUUUAGACAAAAUGACAUAGGAAUGAACUAAAAGACAUAAAUACACUGAU